GAGUCCCACAAACACCGGAGCGUCACAGGCCGGUGCAUCGGCGGCUCGUCACCGAGGUCUGUUAUCUUUUUCGCCUCCAUCAUCCUCGUCAACAUGUCGGCGGCCAGCGACUUUGGGAACCCUCUACGGAAAUUCAAACUGGUCUUCCUGGGGGAGCAGAGUGUUGGGAAGACGUCUCUGAUCACACGCUUCAUGUAUGACAGCUUUGACAACACCUACCAGGCAACCAUCGGGAUUGACUUCCUGUCGAAAACGAUGUACCUGGAAGACCGAACGGUGAGGCUGCAGCUGUGGGACACGGCGGGACAAGAGCGCUUCAGGAGCCUGAUCCCGAGCUACAUACGAGACUCCACCGUGGCCGUGGUGGUCUACGACAUCACAAACGUGAACUCCUUCCAGCAGACGUCCAAGUGGAUCGAAGACGUGAGAACAGAGAGAGGAAGUGAUGUCAUCAUCAUGCUGGUGGGCAAUAAAACAGACCUGGCAGACAAGAGGCACAUCACCAUUGAGGAAGGCGAGCAGCGGGCUAAGGAGCUGAGCGUCAUGUUCAUAGAGACCAGCGCCAAGACAGGUUUCAACGUCAAACAGUUGUUUCGCCGCGUGGCCGCCGCUCUCCCCGGGAUGGAAAGUAUGCAGGAGAGCAGCAAAGAAGGAAUGAUCGACAUCAAGUUGGACAAACCGCAGGAGCCGCAGACGAGCGAGGCGGGCUGCUCGUGUUAAUCGUGGCCACGUCCGCUUCCACCUCCCCCCGUGCUUCUUACAUCGUCACUUCCUUUUGGUUUGAAGGCCUCCUCCUGGUCCCCGACUGCUGGUCAGUGAUGACAGAGAAAGCAAUGUGUCCGUGAAGCUGCCAAAAAGAGUCCAAACACCACGAAGAUGACUAACUGUCCAGAUCCCCCGCAUUGUUUUUGUAUUUUUGAUAAUGUUGUUUGAGAUCCAGGAUGACCCCGCCUCCCUUGUUAGCGUCCUGGGAAGUCCACCACUCAGCCUUUUAGACCAAGUAUCCAUGCAUGCUUCUGUCUGUGUCAGGUAACAUCACACACACACACACACACACACACACACACACACACACACACACACACACACACACACACACACACACACACACACACACACACACACACACAUUCUUGUAUUUGUUACCUUCUUGAGACCUGAGAAAAAUGGCUCCCUCUUUAGGACCAGCCUUUCUAGAUAUAUAAAGAUGUGUAUUUACAACAUUAAUAAUAUAUACAUACUAUGCAAAUAUAAAAAAGCUUGUUGUGAAAAAUGAGUUGGAAGAAAAAGGUCACAAUGUCACUAGAAAAAAUUUGGCAGUGUUAUAAUAAAAGUCGUCAUUUUACUCAACGCAAGUCAAAAUGUUACAAGAAAAACUGAACAUGUGUGCAAUAUUAUGAUAAAAGUUGGAAUUUUACUCAAUAACAGUCGCAAUUUUACAAGAAAAGCUUAAAAUUUGGGCAAUUUUAUGAAAAGAGUCGUAAUUUUACUCGACAGGUCACAAAUUUAUAAGAAAACUUUUGGCAAUAUAUUAAUAAUAAUAAUCGGAAUUUUACUUGGCAAAAUGAUGACAAAAGUCAUAAUUUUACUCAAAAAUGUCACUAUUUUACAGGAACAACAAAAAAUUGGCAAUAUUGUGAUAAAAGCCAGAAUUUGAUGACAAAUGUCACCAUUUUAUUACUUACUUUUAUUACAAAAUGAUUCCCGGGCGCGGCCACCGCUGCUGCCCACUGCUCCCCUCACCUCCCAGGGGGUGAUCAAGGGUGAUGGGUCAAAUGCAGAGAAUAAUUUCGCCACACCUAGUGUGUGUGACAAUCAUUGGUACUUUAACUUUAACUUGAACUUUAUUUUGCGCCCUGCGAUGAGGUGGCGACUUGUCCAGGG